AUCUAAUAGUACAUGCCUGUGCGACGUUAAACCCAAUAAAACAAAACAAACAAAAGAAGUUUAAGGUUAUAAUAAUAGAUAACGAUUGCGCAUGUCAGUAUCCAUAGCGAGAUGAAUCACUAAAAUGGAGAGAGAGGUUCACCGAAAACGAAAGUUGGAUAACAGGAAGUAAUAUAUCUGUGAAAUGAGUCAUCAAGUAGAGUUAGAGAAAAAGAAGUAUAGAAACUGGGUGAGAGGCGGACUGGCGUAUAAAUAUCUUAAAGAAGGUGUAAAAGGAUUUGCUGAUGAUGUGGUUAAUGGAGAACAAAGGAGAAUUAAUCAGGAUGUCAUAUCCGGACGCAGCUGUAACAAAUGCAACAUUAGAAACCUGCGACCAUUGCAUACUUGUAAAAAUGAUCAUGCCGGCAGAAAGAAAUGUCCAUGGGGUCAGAACAGCUGUAACUGUCUGUAUACAAAGAAGCAGCGAUGUCCUAAUAAAGUAUGCGACGUUAUUAUGGAAGAAAUUCUGAAAAAUCACGCAUCGGCACCGCCUGCACCAAACUGGAAAAAUACAGAUAUACAGAAAUGGUGUUCGGAUCCAUGGGAGAUCGCAAAAAGUUUCAUCAAUGCGCCGGGAUAUUUUGACAAGUCUAGGGCAGACGAUAUUGACAUUUCAGGGUUACUUCAUGUUUUCAUCAACAAUAUCAGUCACAAAACACACUUGUCCGACAGCAUAAAUAAUGCCGACAUAUUUCAAAAGAUUCUGAAAAGAAGAAAUGAAUUAUUUCAUUCACCGACCAUGGAAAUGGAAGACACCAAGUUGGAUGAAUGUAUAGAUGAAAUCAUAGCAACUCUUGAGGAUGAAAAAGAAUUGAAAGCAAGACAAGAUGCUCAAGCAGCAGUCUUAAAACUCAAACAGUUGAAGCAAGAGAACUUUAUCAUUACCACACACAACGAGGUCGAUGUAUGCAGAGAUGCUCUAACAUCCAUCACCAACAAAACAGAAGAAUUGAAACAAACGAUCCAGGAAGCAAAAGACGACAUAGCUAAGAAACAAGCAGAAGCUACUGAAGCAGCAGGUGAUGAGACAAGGAAAGAAUCAGACAGUCAGAAUGAGACACUAUAUGAAAGAGUUGGGCGGCUUGAAUCAGAUCUUUUGGUUACAAAACAGCGGCUUACGACACUGGAGGGUAAAGUAGACAAACUGGACACCAUACGUCAAAAUCACCAGAAACAGUUAGACUAUGUUGAAGGAAAACGAGCGCUUCAGAAUGGCUUGGUGAAAUUAUAUCAGCAGCAUUAUGUAAAAACAUCUGUUUCACCUCUAAAAUCUCGAGAGAAUGACAUCAGCAUAAACGAAGUUUAUAUUACACCAAAUAUGGCAGUCGAAGAGCAAACAAAGUCCAAUGAUGGAGAAGUCAAAAAAGUUCAAACGCGCACGCCUGAAAAAAGAUACAUACGUGGAUAUCGUGAAAUAUUUCAAACAAAUGGACAAAAACAUAAAGCAAUUUAUAUAGUGGGUGAUGUUGGAAGUGGAAAAAGUUCUUUCUGUAAAAUGAUGAUUCAGAACUGGUGCACUGCUUUUACAGAUAAUUCCCUCAGUAUCGUUGCUGGCAGUAAGAGUGUUAACUGUACGGACCCUGAUUCCGAAGCUACUGCUUUUACAGAUAAUUCCCUCAAUAUCGUUGCUGGCAGUAAGAGUGUUAAUUGUACGGACCCUGAUUCCGGAGCUACUUACGAAGGUAUAAAGGAGUCCGAUACACCGGGCAAUGAAUUGUCGUCUGAGUAUUCACCGAGGUUUGCGUUAGCUUAUAACGAUUUAUCGGAUUUGAUAGUAUGUGAACCAGACGAUGACUCUUCAUACAGUGAUAAUCAGUCUUCAAAAGCAGACGAUGAAAAUAUCAAUGAGAUUAGAAAUUUUGAUUUUCUUUUCUUUAUACCCUUGCAAAAAAUGUCGGGACUAAGCGAUAUAACUGAAAUGAUCAAAGCGAUUGUUACAGACGCCGGCCUGGCGUCAACUGACGUGAUAGACGGAAUACUUGAUCACGAAUCGGAACGUUGUCUUAUCGUUGCAGACGGAUUGGAUGAGUGGACUCUUCCUAAAGAUAAAUAUCGUUCAUCACAUGUCAGUUACGGUUUACCAAAAAAAGACAGAGCAAAACAUGCAACGGUCAUCACACUUUCUCGGCCGUCAGCUAAAGGAAUACUCAACAUGAAUUCUUCGGAAUGUGAUAAAAAGGUGGAAUUGUUAGGAAUUGAUAUCAGAUCAGUUCAAAGUUUCAUUGAAACAUACAUGUCAAAGUCUAAAAAUAAAGGUAUAUCUUUAAGAACAUUAAUGAUGAAAAUCGAAUCUGCGAAACUUAAACAUCUUGAGAAAACCCCUUUGCUUUUGCAACAAUUGGUAUGGUUGUAUUGUAACGGAAAUGAAAUUGGAAAGUCUAUCAGUGAUACAUACAGUCAUAUUAUAAAUAUCAUGCUAGGCUGGACACAGAACAAAGAAGAGGAAGAAGACGCGGAAGAAGAUCAAAUUGGCGACACAAAUGAAAAUAAAGAUGAGAACCUCCCUGGAAUGUUACAUAAAUUUGACAGAUGUGAGGCAAAUAAAAGAUAUCUCCUUCCAUUAGCUAGAGUUGCAUUUGAAGCCUUAACUUCAGAAACGGGGUCAAACACAUUCGGCCGAAAACAACUGCGAAAGAGAGGCGUGCCAAAUGAUUGUAUAACUACACUCAUAAAGUUAGGUAUUCUGAUAGAAGAGAAUUGUUUUGAUCCGACACAAGAGAACACCAGGUUAGCAUUCAUUCACAUAUCCUAUCUUGAGUUUUUCACUGCAGUACAUAUGUCUGGUCAAUAUAACAAAGAUCAGUGCUCAAUACAUCAGCAGACAAUUUUGGAAGAACUAUUUCGAAAUUGUAAAUCAGCUGCCGACAUACUACAGUUAUCUAACGUUAUUAAAAUGAUAUGUGGAUUAUCUCCAUGCAUAAUAUCAGAACUGUCAAAAAUGAUGUCAGAGAUUGUAUCUGAGGAUGAAAAUAUGAUAACAUAUAGAAACACUUUGCCAGCGGAUUUGUGGUACGGUCCAGACGUAGAACUUGAACAGAUUCAGCGUCUUAUGUUCGACUGUCUGUCCGAGGGAGAUUCAGAUGAUCAACCUAUGAUCAGUCUGUGUUGUGUUAUCAUAGAUGACUAUAUAGAUAUUUCAUUUCUGCAAAGGAUAGUACCGGAGAAUGUGUUGCAUGUUAAUGUACGGAGUAUCUCAGAUGUAAAAGUAUGGAAGUGGAUUGCACAACUGAAACGACUUCAGUAUCUGCACAUUCUUCAUCACUAUUUUUCACAUAGUGGGAUGGAAUUGGUAUCCUCAUUUAUACAAGAAACGCCUUUAAGAUAUCUUUCAUUGUGCGGUGUUAAAUGUGAUUCAUCGUUCGAUGGAAAUUACCAGCAGAAUGUUUUUUGUAAACGUCAUACGAUUGAUCUUUCUAAAAAUAAUCAGCUUCAGAUACUUCAGUUAAAAGACUGUGACGACGUGAUAAUACCUAACAUUAACACUAAACAUCUUAAAAUAUUACAUUUGUGUUCAUUCAGUACAUUAGAUAUUGAUCUUCUGUUAAAUGCCAGCAGUCUGACGGAACUUCACUUUGGAUCUUACAAUUCUAGAUUAACAUACAACAAACAAGUGGAUUCUGCGGUACAUACCUUACAUCAGUUACGGAAACUCAGAUUAUCAUAUGGUGUAGAUAUUGAUACCAAUGCUCUCACUGUUACACCUGAGAUGAAAAACCUUGAACACAUUGAACUACUGGAAGUCAUAAUGAGCCCGGAAACAUGGCGUACAUUCCAUGAUAGUCUGCUUACUCUUCAACAAUCUGUAUCUGUACAGGUUGAUAAUUUCUGUAGAAAAACAGGCGACGAUGAAGUUGACUAUGUAAGACAGAAUAGAAUGUUUGAAAUGAUAACAGAAUACAGGGGCAUUUCAAAUUUAGGACAAAAGAUAAUUGUCGCAACUAGAAAUAUUGAGAACUGCAAGUGAAUGUAUGACAGUAUUUCUGAUGGAAAAAGAAAACAUAACAUUGUUUCUGUCGGAAAGUGAAAACAGUACAAUAUUUAGAGAAACAAGAAAUAAAAUACAUUAGAUCUUUUAAUUGCAUUUAUUAUAAAAAAUGCGAGUGUUAUGUACAGACACUUCUUUAGCAUAAUGCGACACUUGUACACAUACUGAAAGUUAAAUAAUGAUGAGAAUAAAUAUUCAUGAUAAAUCUA